AUGAGUCUCGGCGACAAAGAUGAUGGGCGCGAUCGGAAGCUUGAGAUCUUUGAUGGGAGUAACCCGGCGAACUACAAGAAGUGGCGCCGUCGGGCUGAGCUGCAUCUGCUCUCGCUUCCUUCCACAUUUUCAAAAGAAAAGUGGGGACCCAAGCUCUUGGAAUACGUGCAUGGCGAGGCCGAGGAGACAUUAGAAGAUUUGUCGAUCGAGAAAAUAACAAAAGAAGACGGAUACAAGCAGAUCCUGGCGAUUCUCGACGACAAGUACAAAGAGAGACAACAAGAUGAGCUCCACCAUGCCCUCAAGGAGUACUUCUACACGGUCACCAUCAAGCAAGGCGAGACAUACAGGAACUUCCUUGUACGUCUGGACACGGCUUACCGCAAGCUGGUGCAGCAUGGCGUGGAGUUGCCAUCAGAAGUGCAAGGAUGGUUCUUGAUGCGCAAGUUGCAUUUGGAGUCAUCUGCUGAGGCAAUGAUCCUCACUUCCACAUCCGGCUCAAUCAAGCGUGAGGAUGUGCUGAAGGCGGUCAAGGCCAUCUUUCCGAACGGCAAGGGUGGCAAUGUCAAGAAGAGCGACGUCUUCGUGGCCGAAGACCCGGAUGCGACGGAAGCGGAGGUCACGCGAUCUCAGGUCACGGAAAAUGACGAUGACGAGUUCCAGGAAGUGCUGGAGGCUGUGGCUGAGCAGAUCCAGAUGGAAAGCGAGUACGAGGACGACGAUGCUCUUGAGGUCUUUGAGACAUACCGUGAAGUGCGGAAGAAGCUCCAGGAGAAGAAAGUCAGCCGCGGAUUCAAGGGUAAAGGCAAGGCUGGUCAGGCUCAGCAGCAACAGUGGCAACUGAGCGGUUCGGUGAGGGGACGGAUUGAACUCAUCAAAAGUCGUACGAAAUGCCACAAUUGUGGCCAACUGGGGCACUGGAAGAAGGAGUGUCCUGCCCGCACCAAAAAGAACAGCACCGGGGUCAAUCAACAGGCGACGACUGGGCAUGAAGUCCACUACACUGACUACCAGGAGGUCUUUGACGAGUACUCUGGUGGCAUGGCGGCUGAGGUCUUGAUCAACACGGCGGCCCAGAGCACCAAGAGUGGUAAGGGUAGCGGCAAGAAACAUGACAAGCAGGACACUUGGCAAGUGAUGGAAGAGCUGGGACAGGUCUGGCGAGUACACCGCAAGCCGAGGAAGGGGCUUUUUGCUCCUGAAGAUCCGAGCUGUCCUGUGGAGGUAAAGAAGCUGACGGCCAGGCGUACCACUGAGGUGCGAUACGAUGAUGGCACCACGGAGGUGAGGGUUGAUGAUCUGGGAAAGGGCGUUGAUCAUCAAAGCCUGGGCCGGACUUGGACCGGGAUCACGAAAUUCGAGGUUGCAAACAGGCAUGGCGCUGACUCCAAGGUGGCAGACGAAGAUGCAAUCUAUGACACCAACAUCAGCGAGGAAGUGUUGAUCCAGUUCGAGCAGCAAGUUUUGAGUGAAGGGCUUGAGCCGAGAGGUAAUGAUCGUUCUGAGGUUCUGCUGUGCGAGCAGGGCUCAGUUUUUGAACACGCUGUGCCAGACACGGCCUGCAGGAAGUCGCUCGUUGGCGAGUAUACGCUCCAGGGGUUGCAGCAGUGUCUGAGGGGUAGGGGAUACAGCGUGAAGUUCCGUAAAGAAGUUAAUGAUUUUCGGUUUGGCAAUGCCGGCGUGAUCCGUUCAGAGUGGGUUGCCAAGAUCCCGCUGUGUUUCGGCGGCCAGACUGUUAAUUUGCAUGCAGCGGUCCUCCCUGAGGGAGGCAAGCACACACCCCUCUUGCUGUCUAAGGAGUGUUUGAAGUGGUUGGGUUGUCGAUUGGAUAUGGUUAACGAUGAGGGCACUACGCCAUUCCGGUGCUUCCCGCAUCACGAUCGGACGGUGACCAUGUCGGAAGCCAAGAGUGCUCAGGAUUUGCAAGGCAACGGGAGACUGAGGUGCCCAGCAGCUGUUUGGAGUGUCGCCAUGUCCAAAGUCGAGGUGAGCGAGCUGGCUCGAAAGAUGAUGACCAGCUUGAACAUCGACGAGAAGGGUGCCAAAGUGAUCAUCGAGAAGCCCGACCUCGACGACGCGGGAGACAAGGAAGAGGACGAACCGGGACAUCCCAUACCGGGCACGAUGACCAUGACUUGCGGCAAGUAUGGCAAGGCCAGGAGGGAUGUGAGCAGCAUCUACCAGAUGGACAAGGGUUACGUGCAAUGGGUGAGGGCUCACAUCAACACGGAGUCCGCAGAACCGAUGAAGAAACUCAGACUUUACAUCGAAUGCCGCGACAUCAAGAAGAGUGCCAGGCUGGAGCAGGAAGUGCUGUCACAGCCGACCGUCAAGAACGAGCACAUAAAGCCCAAGGGGUACAAGACGGAACCGAAGCAGAAGGCAACCACCAAACAUGCGAAGACCGUGGAGGAACAGAAAGAGCACAUCAGGGUGAGUUUGAUGGCAUUGAAGGAUUGGUUGCACACGGCCACCGAGCAGAGGCAGGGCGAGGCGACGAUCAAGGAGAUCACGGAUGUCAUCGCAGUGCAGGAGGCCAAGCUGACCGAGCUCGGGAGUGGCACGAGUUCCAGCAAGCGUUCCCUGGGUCUCCCCAGUCAGAGCAUGGAGCUAGAAGGGGAGGGUUGGGAACAAGUGGCGGCGACGGAGCCGAGCGCCAAGGCUCAGCGCAUGUGGGCUCAAUUGACCGGGGGUCUCACGAUCCGCGAUCAGCAGCGUCGCGAGAACAUCAAGCGCAGCCUCAAGGAGACGGGCAGAGUACUCCAGCAGACUUCACGCUGA